CGCUUCUCUGAGCUCCCGAUGCGCCAAGACAUCAAGGGGCCCAUGCGAUGUCCCCAAAACGGCCCAAGAGGCUCCCAAGAGAGCUCCAUAACGGUCCGUAGCCAUUUUGGCUCAAUGCAUUCUAGCUCAAGUUUUGGGUCACCGUUUGGGCUCUCACUCACAGCCUCAGCUCCUAGCACAGCGUGAUCUCAAGACAGAGCCCGAUGGCCUUCGAGGAUGGAUACCAGCUGCCAGCAGACGCCGAGUCAAGGCGCUGUUUUCGCUACCCUCGGCUUGGACAUGUGCUCUUCACUGUUUUCGUUGCGACGACAUCCGCCGUCAUCGCGGCCGUGACUACCGUGAACGUCAUGCUGAAGCACGCGGACAAGAGAGGCGUUCUCACCAGGCGUGCCGACGCGAGAGGCCUUUCUCAGUACAUUGACACUGAUGAGGAACAAAAAGCAGGCAUCGCCCAGGGACCUGUCGUCAUGAAGUACACAGGAUGCUCCAAUUGGCCCGACAUCCUCAUCAGCUCCACGAACAUCGACAGCGCGGACGUCGAAAAACUGGUGCUGAAAUGCUCGGAACUGUGCAGUAUGGAGGACGAGUGCGAGUCCUAUAACAUAGCGAUUCCAACUUCGACGACAAUUAUAAGUGAGCAAAAAUUCUAUACCCCUGAUAUUAUCCUGCAUUACAACAUGUAGUUCGAACACUUGGACGGCAAAUGCACGGCGAAGGGUAGGGCUCCGAAGCACAAUUGCCUCAUCUUCAAGUGGGGUUGCCAGUACGAGGAGAAUGGAUGCUUCGACCUGCUCGUGGGGAAUCGGCCACCGCUUCAGCAAAAGCUGGCCAGCCAGCACCACAUAUAUUGGUUGCUCAACCGCUAGGUGUUCCAUUCGAAGACUUUCUUUCCAUGAGGCCCUCUGGGAGCUUGCUACUUGAUGGAGAUUUGAUUAGCUGUGGCUCUUCUUCCUAGCUGUAUGGCAUCCUCAGCUUAGGCAGAAUCUAACACCUACCCUUCAAUGUACGCAUACCCACUGCUGCUUGCUGAGGGCAGAGAAACUGUCCGUAUGUCAAAGAGGGGGUGGGCUACCGAUUUCGCGCCCCCUAACCCCACCCAAGAGGCUCAGCACACGUUGCUUGCGUACAUUGCAGCGCUGUUCAUUGGAUCUUGCUGCAUUAGCGUUGCGCGACCGCGACGCACCAUCUCUCAGUGUGUGAAGUAGUCUGCGUGCGCGGCUGAUCCUUCCGUGCUCUGAGGCUGGACCUUGGCCUCGAGGCGGACAGGAUCAAUGGCAAUGCUUCCCCUCGUUCUCCAUUCGUCCUGCCCCUUCCUCAAGCUCCUGCUCCUUCUCCGUCUCCUCCUCCUCCUCUUCCCAUCGUUGUGAACGGCGCGCGAUCGCCCGUGUUUGUGCCCGGUGCUCUUGGAUGCACCGUGCUUCAAUUCCUCGCGAUGUUUUCUCUUAAUUUUGAGCCUACCGCCGCACAGUGACCCUUCAUGUACGCCAUCGUUCGCAGGAUAACUCACCUAGGUGGUUGGACGUUUCCUUCGAAGGGCGUUUGAGGUAGCUCUCUGGCUGCACGCUUACCUCGCAGAGCGUGUCAUCGUGCUGUCAAAAAAAGAAGAAG